AGGGACACUGAGCUGCAGGAUAUUUUAUCCUCCCUGAAGGUCGAUAGGGAAACCCAGGUGCUGGCUGUAAGGAGAGAUAGAGUGAGAGAGUAUGAGAACGAGAGAGAGAAACAGAGAUUAGGAGAGAGAGUGAGAGAACGAGAAAGUGAGUGAGAGAGAAAAAUAGACAUUCUCUUAAUGACAUUAAUUUAAUAUGUACAUUUUUGUUGCUAAAUGCAAUAAGAGAAAGCGCUAUUUAAAAAGAAAAGUAGCAUAAAAACAUUGUCACUUUUCAUCUUCAUUUUAUCUCCGUAUUUACAUUUGUUUUUGGUGCUAAAAAAGAUCUAGCAGAAAAGGUCUGUCCUGAUGAUGAGAGUUGUCUUUCACAAAUGUCCUGAAAGGUCCAGUGAACACAAUGCAGUAUGGGAGAACUUCCUGCUAAUCGUCCCUGAGGGCGCACAUUACGCCAUCCUGAGAUGGCAUUAGUUAAAGUGAAAUUUGUGUGCAGCCCCCAUUCAAACCUAUGGGGUCUGCAGCACUGAUAUUUGAGAAAAUGAAAGGUGGAAAAAUCAGUUGUUUCUCUGCACUUUUCUUUAUUCUGAAUAGUGGCAAAUAGUGACAAAUUAAACUGUAAGUGCUUUCUCCAGUACAUGCUGUAAAAAAAAAAAAGUUUACUAAAUAGACCCCUGAUUGUACUCCUGCACCAGUAUUUAAAGGGCAGAGCCUUCAGGGCCAAUACACAGGAUUUGUAGGGGGGCAGCAGGUUCCAGUAUAUCUAUACUAAAAUAACCGUGAUCUUAUGCUCAUCACACAAUAGUGCUCAAUACAAAGUUUUUGCCCAUUAUUGGUGCGUAACAGGAGGCGGUUACUGCUAUAGUCACUAAGUAAUAGCCCCACGAGUAGAGUGAGCUUUAAGUCCCCGCUCAGUGGUAUCAGUAGAGACUGUGGACUUACCCUCUCUCCCAUCAUAUGUAGCUGCUGCAGAGAUGUUUUUUUUUAUUAAAAAAAACUUUAUCGACAUCUGACCAAAGUGAAAGAGGGCUCACUACCUUCUAUACUGAGGAGAAGCAGAUAACGGCAGCUAGAGGUGAGGAAGCCGUCACUGGAGAAGACAUCUGACGGUGUCUCCCAGUUCAUGUCAAGAGAUAAAAGUAGAAAGAGAAAAAGGUGUAGAACAGUUUCCAAAAGACUGAGUUAAAUUUCCACACAAUGGAAAUAAGGGCGUACCUCACUUACACAGAAACAAUUCAGCAACUUUUGAAAACCUUUACAGGACCUGCCUCUACAGCACGGAAUCUUGCCGAAAUGUAUUCUUCACAAAGAUAAGACAUCUGAUCAUUGUAACCAUAGCAUAUGUGUGAUGGAUGAAAAUGAAGAGAUCUUGCAAAAAAUGAUGACUCUGACAUCAAAGACAAUGCCAAGUAUAAAGCUGAAAGAGAAAUACAGGAUCAUCAAGGACCUGGGAGCCGGCACUUACGGACGUGUGUUACUGGUUGAACAGAAGAUAAAAGGAAAUAUUAUAGCACUAAAGUUAAUGAGAAAGAGUUCAACAAAGAAGGAGAAUUUUCUUAUGGAAUAUUGCGUGUCACUGUGCCUUUCAUCACACCCGAAUAUUAUCAAAACCUUUCCAGUGGUCUUUGAAACCAUUAAAUAUUUUUCCUUUGCUCAGGAACUGGCAACCGCUGGUGAUCUCUAUUCCAUCACUGUACCUGACGUCGGAAUACCUGAGACAAUGGUAAAACGAUGUGCCAUGCAACUGGCUGAAGCUCUAGACUACAUGCACAGCAAAGCACUGGUACAUAGAGAUGUGAAACUGGAUAACAUUCUACUCUUCGAUAAAGAUUGCCACUAUAUAAAACUUGCAGACUUUGGCUUAACCAGACUUGAAGGCUUUCUGGUUUCUCCUAUGAAAGGACUCGUUCCCUAUUCACCUCCUGAACUCUGCAGCUUAGAAGAUAAUGAAACUCUGGAACUUGACUCCAGUCUUGAUGUGUGGGCUUUUGGCAUACUUCUGUUUUGUAUCUCUACUGGGGCCUUUCCCUGGGACGGAGCGUUAUGUAAAGACACACAAUAUGAAGAAUUUUCUAUUUGGCAAACCACAGGAGAUUACCAGAAUAUCCCAUCUCAGUGGAAGCAAUUUACAUGGCAGGCAUUAGACAUGUUUCAGAAACUGCUGACAAUAAAUGCAGACCGAAGGAGGCCGGCUAUUGAGGUCCAGAAAUAUCUCAGCGUUCCAUGGAAAGUGAACAGCGUGAAAGAUAACACUAACAUACAAGACAACGCAAAUGAGAUAGAACAAAGUGUUGAUAACAUGAAGUUUUUGAAAGACACAGUCAGUCCUGACAAGUUGACAAGGCAUUUCUCCAGGCCCUUAGAGAACACAAACCCUCAGUAAAACUUUAGUAGCAGAAGUGUUAUAGGAUUAAGACAUGGGUGACAUAUUUAUCAUUUUAAACAGUAUAGCAUUAUAAUACAUGCUAUUUUGAUUCACGGUAUAUCACAGUAACAACGUUGUGUCUGGAGACCUAUUCUCAACUAUGACUUUGCAUGUCACUAUGAAUUAGGGGUGCAAGACAUCACUUAUUACUGUAUUACUUGAUGCUUUCUUUCUUAAAUAGGCGUAUUUCUUAUGAUAAGAUUUUUCUAGAUUAUUUUUCUAGAUUUUUUUAAUAUUUGAAUGUUGCUGUAUUCUUUAAAUCAAUGUACUGUGAUAUAUUUUACAACAUU